AUGUACACGUCGCUCAAAGCCAUAUCUCGCGCUACCGUCCUCCACAUCAGUCUGAAUCCUCUUUUUCUAAUCGGAGCCCGCGCCUCGCUCGCAACCGCAACUACAACAUCACCAAAUCUCCGCUCAUACUCAGCAUUAUAUCCCAUCUGCCCAUCCUUCCACCUCUACUAUCCUACGCAAAUCAGCUCAAUCCACAAUCACAACCAAGGACAUCCCUUCUCUACAUCCGCGACCAUGUCCGCCGAAUCUGCCUCCAACGAGAGCCAGUCGCAACAUCCCCGCCAACCAGAGAACGAGCAGGAGCAAGACCCAAACAAGCCUAUCCUCGCGCUACCGGAGGCUCCCUCGGCAGAAUCAGGAGCCACCCAUAUCGACGUUAGUGGUGGAGGGUCGACGGUGAAGCUCGACGCUCUGGGUCCGCUGGUGGUUAACCAGGAUGGAACGCUGUCGCGGAUCGCAAACUGGGAGCAGAUGACUGAGAUUGAGAGGCGGAAUACACUGCGUGUGCUAGGCAAGCGGAAUAAAUUACGGUUAGAUUCGCUGAAGGCGGCAGAGGGUGAGAAAGAUGAGAGCAACUGA